AUGGUUCACCUCGCGGUUUCGGCAGCCGAGGGAUGUGGUCAAGUGGAAGGCGAUGAGAACUCCCAGCUACAGACAAAGCCAGCUGCCCACUCUACCGCAAGUCAGGAAAAGGUUCCGGAUUGGCUGCUCUGGCAGAAGCUUGAGGAGCUUCAAGGCCGCAAUGCGGCACUUGAAGACGCCACGGCUUUGGACUGCAGCUUCGUGUUCAUCGUGGAAACCGCGCAGGAGGGCCGCCUGUUUGUACCGGUAGGCAGCCGUUGCGGCUACGAUGAUAGCGUCGGUGAGUCAGACGUUGUCUGCACUGCGUCUCAGGGCCCAUCAGUGAAUCCACAGUCAGCAAACUCGGACAUAACACCCUUUGAGUUGCAGCCAGCCGGGUCUGGCGUGAACUACAUGGUGGAAAUCGUUGCCGACGAUGGGACUUACAGGUUCGAACCACCUGACGAGUGGAACAUCGCGUGCCGAGCAGCUACGAGCUCCCAGUAG